CAUUUCUUUUAGUUUAAUUCAAAUCUCUCUCGUUUCUCUUUCGCUUAAUCAAAGAUUGACAUAACCAUGUUAUCGUUUCCUCCGGGGAUCCGCUGCCGCUUUGCGGUGGCUCUUCCUUUAAUGCUACUCGUCACUUUGUCAUUUUCUGUCUUCGCCACCGCCGACGGUGCUUCGCAGGACGACGGCCCCGACUUACCUGCUUGUAACAAUCCUUUCAAAUUGGUCAAGGUGAAGAUCUGGAUUGAUGGUGCUGAAGGUGAUGAUUUAUCUGGGCUAACUGCAAGCUUUGGUGCAUCAUUGCCAGAGGAAGCCAACAAAAGUCCUAAACUUCCUGCUGUUUUCUCAGAUCCCCUGAAUGGCUGUUCUAAUUCUUCUUCAAAGCUCUCUGGCUCUGUAGCCUUGUCCAUACGAGGUGAUUGUGACUUUGUAACUAAGGCAAAAGUUGCGCAGUCAGGAGGUGCAGCAGCCUUGCUGGUGAUAAAUGACAAUGAAGAGCUUUACAAGAUGGUUUGUUCUGAGAAUGAGACUUCUUUAAAUAUUUCAAUACCUGUUGUGAUGAUUUCAAAAUCAGCUGGAGUUGCAAUUAACAAAUCCAUGGAAGAGAAACGUGUGGAAUUUUUAUUAUAUGCACCACCUCGUCCAAUUGUGGAUAUUUCGGUUAUAUUUUUGUGGGCAAUGGCUGUUGGAACAAUUGUUACUGCUUCAUAUUGGCAAGAGUUCGGCACUUCUGAGAAUUCUGACGAGCGCUAUAAUGAAUUAUCUAAGGAAUCUACCAAUGCUGGAACAGGUAGUGAUGAUGAGAAGGAAAUCCUUGAUAUUAGCAUAAAGGGUGCCGUAGUUUUUGUGAUAACGGCAUCAGCUUUUCUGGUGCUACUCUACUUUUUCAUGUCCGCUUGGUUUGUCUGGUUGCUGAUUGUUCUUUUCUGCAUUGGUGGUGUUCAGGGGAUGCAUAAUUGCAUUAUGACGCCUAUAACAAGCAGAAAAUGUAGAAAUGUUCUACAGAAGACACUGAAUUUUCCCCUCUUUGGGAAGACUUCUGUUGUCUCAUUUGUGGUUGCACUGUGCUGUUUGAUAUUCGCUGUUGUCUGGGCUGUUGAACGGCAAGCAUCAUAUUCAUGGGUGGGCCAAGAUAUUCUUGGUAUCUGCUUGAUGAUUACAGUCUUACAGCUAGCUCGGCUACCAAAUAUCAAGGUUGCUACAGUGCUUCUCAGUUGUGCAUUUGUUUAUGACAUCUUCUGGGUCUUCCUAUCGCCACUUAUAUUCCAUGAGAGUGUGAUGAUUGCAGUCGCUCGAGGUGAUAAUAGUGGUGGAGAGUCAAUUCCCAUGCUUUUGAGAGUUCCACGAGCUUUUGAUCCAUGGGGUGGUUAUGAUAUGAUUGGAUUCGGUGACAUUCUCUUUCCUGGUUUGCUUGUUGCAUUUGCUUUCAGGCCUCUUGUUUACAUACCUAGGGUUAUAUCUAAUGAACGGGCAUGGUCAACCGGCACUCCUCUAUCUUGUUCCUUGUACACUAGGAGUUAUGGUUAUAUUAGGUUUGGUAAGAGGAGAGCUGAAGGAGCUAUGGAACUACAGCCCCGAGUCACCAUCUACCAUGACGAAUCUCACUGGAGAAGCUUGAAGCAGGUAAUGUUUCGUAAAAAUCGAACUGCUGAUCCUCGGAAACUAAUGGUGUAUAGAAGAACGAUGGGGUUGGUAUAGGGUUCGAGUUUUGAGACCAUAAACUGCCAUGUGAAAUUUAUUCAACAAUGAAGGUUUGAUUCUUACCACCAAAUUGCUGCAAAAUGUUGUAACAUCUCUGGAGUGUAAUGCACAGUGUGUCAACUUUUAUUUUGUUCAAAAUUUGUAGGCACCCAAA